CAAAUACGCUCUUUGCACACAAGAAUUCAAUGUCACUUCACUUUCCAAUCGUCACUCAUUCAAGAAGAAACACCGUGAAAGUCCUUUUCACUUUUCAUUCCAACCACUGUUGUGCCAAAAUGAAGACCAAAAUCGCCAUCCUCCAAACGCCACUAACCCGCCAAAUUCUCGUAGCCACCGGCCCUUUGCUCUCCACAAUCGGCCUCGGCAUGACUUCGGGCUUCUCCGCCGUGCUCUUACCCCAACUCCACAACACCACUCUGGUGGCGAGUCCGAACGACGCUUCAUGGAUCGCAUCAAUGGCCGCUCUACCGAUGGCGUUCGGUUGCGUUUUUGGUGGUUUUCUAAUGGAGAAUUUCGGCCGUAAAACCACCCAGAUUUUGACAACAAUCCCCUCUUUAAUCGGUUGGCUCCUGAUCGGUUUUUCCAGCGACAUUUGGAUGAUUUUAACUGGGCGUUUCCUGACGGGGCUGUGUGGGGGGCUGCUGGGCCCCUCAACGGGGGUGUACAUCAGUGAGACGUCCGAGCCCCGGUUCAGGGGCUUCCUCCUCGCGUCCAUUUCCCUGGCCAUGGCCCUGGGGCUGUUUUUCGUCCACUUUCUGGGCACUUUCCUCACCUGGAGGACCACAAGUGGCCUGUCCCUCAUUUUACCAGUCUUAAGUCUAGUGGUCUUGAAUUUAGUGCCAGAAUCGCCAUCAUGGUUGGCCAAGAAGGGGCGGAAUGACGAGGCGCAAAAAUCAUUUUUCUGGUGCCGUGGGGAAAGUGACCAGGCGAGGAAAGAACUAACCGAAAUGUUGCAACGUUACAAAAACCAGACUUUAGAGACGGAAAAAAUUAAACUGAUUUCGGGCGAAUUUCUCAAGCCUUUGGCCAUAAUUGUGGUUUUUAUUGUGACCAAUCAGUGGGCCGGUGUUAACGCUUUGACCUUCUACACGGUGACCAUCAUGGGCAAAACGCUGGGUCCGGGGCUGGACGAGUAUUUGGCCAUGCUGGUGGUGGACCUAAUCAGGGUGGCUAUGUCGAUCGCCACUUGUUUCAUCAUGAAGCGGAUUGGGCGCCGCCCACUUGCUCUAAUCAGCGGUUUUGGCACUUUUACCUCAUUGUUCCUCUUAAGUGCGUAUAGUUUUACCACUCGCUUCGUUCGUUUGGACUUUCCGUUGGUACCAAUGGGCGCGCUCGUGGCUUACAUCACGUUCAUUACCAUUGGCUUCGUGCCGUUGCCAUGGGCCAUGAUGGGCGAGGUUUUCCCCCAAACCCAUCGCAAUGUCGGGUCGAGUGUUUCGUCAUUUAUGGCGUUUGUGGCGUUUUUCAGUGUUGUUAAAACAAGUCCUGCUAUGUUUGAUUGUUUGGGUACCGAUGGUACGUUUAUGGUUUAUGGUGCCGUGGCGUUUUUCGGUACAAUUUUCAAUUGGUUCUUUCUGCCCGAAACCAAAGAUAAGACUUUGGGCGAAAUUGAAGAUGAGUUUAAAUAG